AUGUGGAAGUUGAAGAUAGCAGAAGGAGGACAAAAGUUGGUUUCAGUGAAUAACUUCAUUGGACGUCAGCACUGGGAAUUUGACCCAACUGCAGGAACACCGCAAGAGCACCAUGAGAUUGAGAAACUACGCAAUCAGUUCACAAAAAAUCGAUUUUCCAUCAAACAAAGUGCUGAUCUUCUCAUGAGAAUGCAGCUAAGACAAGAGAAUGAAUGUGGUCCGAUUCCAGCAGGAGUUAGAGUGAGUGAGGAAGAUAAGAUAACAGAGUUUGCAUUGGUUACUACUAUUAGAAGGGCUAUCAGUUACUAUUCUUCAAUUCAGGCCCAUGAUGGUCACUGGCCUGCUGAAUCUGCUGGACCUUUGUUUUUCCUUCAACCAUUGGUAAUGGCCCUCUAUAUUACAGGAUCCCUUCAUCAGGUUUUAGGGCCUCAACAUAAGAAGGAAAUUAUUCGCUACUUAUAUAAUCAUCAGAACGAAGAUGGUGGAUGGGGAUUCCAUAUAGAGGGACACAGCACAAUGUUUGGAUCUGCAUUAAGCUAUAUUGCGUUGAGGUUACUUGGAGAAGGACCUGAAGAUGGCGAAGACAGGGCAAUGGACAGAUGCAGAAAAUGGAUCCUUGAUCAUGGUGGUUUAGUGGCUAUUCCAUCAUGGGGAAAGUUUUGGGUCACGGUCCUUGGAGUUUAUGAGUGGCAAGGCUGCAAUCCACUUCCACCAGAGUUCUGGUUUCUACCAAAAUUCACCCCUAUUCAUCCAGGGAAAAUGCUUUGUUACUGUCGGUUAGUUUACAUGCCCAUGUCAUAUUUAUAUGGGAAGAAAUUUGUGGGCCCUAUCACUGACCUAAUAAGAUCACUAAGAGAAGAGAUGUACAACCAGCCUUAUGAUAAAAUUAACUGGAACAAAGCCCGGAACACUAUUGCUAAGGAGGAUCUGUACUACCCACAUCCUAUGAUUCAAGAUAUAUUAUGGGGAUUUCUUUAUCACGUGGGAGAGCCUAUUCUGAACUGCUGGCCAUUUUCCAAGCUUAGACAGAAGGCAUUAGAAAUCGCAAUUAAUCAUGUGCGUUACGAGGAUGAGAACAGUAGAUACCUUUGCAUUGGAAGUGUAGAGAAAGUAUUAUGUUUGAUAGCACGUUGGGUUGAAGACCCGAACUCAGAGGCAUACAAACUUCAUUUAGCCCGAAUCCCGGAUUACUUCUGGCUCGCAGAAGAUGGCCUGAAAAUCCAGAGUUUUGGAUGUCAAAUGUGGGAUGCAGCAUUUUCUAUACAAGCAAUACUUGCUUGUAACGUGAGUGAAGAGUAUGGUCCUACGCUUCGGAAAGCACAUGAUUUCCUGAAGGCCUCGCAGGUAGUUGAAAAUCCAUCCGGUGAGUUUGAAGCAAUGUACAGACACAUAUGCAAAGGCUCGUGGACAUUCUCAAUGCAUGACCAAGGCUGGCAGGUCUCAGACUGCACAGCAGAAGGACUCAAGGCCGCACUGUUACUGUCAAAAAUGCCAAGUGAUCUCGUUGGAGAAAAAUUGGAAACAGAGCGAUUCAAUGAUGCUGUUAAUGUCAUCCUCUCUCUACAGAGCAGUAAUGGCGGGUUCCCUGCUUGGGAGCCUCAAAAUGCUUACAGUUGGCUAGAGAAAUUCAAUCCAACUGAAUUCUUUGAAGACACGCUGAUUGAGAGGGAGUAUGUUGAGUGCACUGGUUCUGCAAUGCAAGCUCUGGUACUCUUCACAAAGCUACACCCGUAUCAUAGAACAAAGGAAAUACAUCACUGCCUUGCCAAAGCAAUUCAUUAUAUUGAAAACACACAAAAUCCUGAUGGCUCCUGGUAUGGGUGUUGGGGAAUUUGCUAUACAUAUGGUACCUGGUUUGCUGUAGAGGGACUAACAGCUUGUGGAAAGAAUUACCGUAAUAGUCCUUCCUUGCGAAAAGCUUGUCAAUUUUUGUUGUCAAAGCAACUUCCUAAUGGGGGGUGGGGAGAAAGUUACUUGUCAAGUCAAAACAAGGUAUAUACAAACAUAGAAGACAACCAUGCAAAUUUAGUUCAAACUUCGUGGGCUUUGUUGUCCCUUAUCGGUGCAGGGCAGGCUGAGAUAGAUCCAACACCCAUACACCAUGGAAUGAAGUUAAUAAUCAAUUCACAAAUGGAAGAUGGAGACUUCCCACAGCAGGAGAUAACAGGAGUAUUUAUGAGAAAUUGUACCCUAAACUACUCAUCAUAUCGAAACAUCUUUCCUAUAUGGGCUCUUGGAGAGUAUCGCCGCCGAGUCUUGUUUGCCAAAGCUCCAAAUACUGCAGCUUGA